AUGGCAGGUGGAGCUUCUACUGGAGAAAGAACAUUGCAGGAAACACCCACAUGGGCAGUGGCUACUGUUUGUUCUGUCUUCAUCAUUCUUUCUGUGUUAAUUGAACAUGGAAUCCAUGUACUUGAAAAGUGGUUUCGAAAACGACAUAAGAAGGCCAUGAGUGAAGCCUUGGAGAAAAUCAAAGCAGAAUUAAUGUUAUUAGGAUUUAUAUCCCUGUUACUUACUUUUGGUACAAAAUACAUUGCAAAGAUAUGCAUCUCCACAUCAGCUGGUGAUAUCAUGCUUCCAUGCAAGAAGGUGGAAGGGUCAAGGAACUCAGAUGAUGCAAAUAACCGAAGGAAGUUACUUUAUUUUGAAGACAACGUGGGAUGGCGUCGAGUUUUAGCAACAGCAUCUGGUGAUGACUAUUGCUCACAAAAAGGUAAAGUGUCAUUGAUUUCUCAGUCAGGGGUGCACCAAUUGCAUAUAUUUAUUUUCGUCCUAGCUGUUUUUCACAUUUUCUACAGCGUGAUGACCAUGGUACUGGCCCGAGCAAAAAUGAAGAAAUGGAAAGCUUGGGAAGCGGAAACAUCCUCCCUGGAGUAUCAAUUUACAAAUGAUCCUUCAAGGUUCAGAUUUGCGCAUCAAACAUCAUUCGUAAGGCGACACUCUGGUUGGUCUCGGAUGCCAGGAAUACGAUGGAUUGUUGCAUUCUUCAGGCAAUUCUUUGCGUCUGUCACUAAGGUGGAUUACAUGACCAUGCGGCAUGGAUUUAUUAACGCACAUUUUGCUCCCGAUAGCAAAUUUGACUUCCAAAAGUACAUUAAAAGAUCCAUGGAGGACGACUUUAAAGUGGUCGUGGGUAUAAGUAUUCCUUUAUGGGUUUUUGCAAUCGUCUUUAUGCUUAUGAACGUUUACAAAUGGUACACUCUCACCUGGCUAUCAUUAGCGCCGCUAGUGAUACUUCUGUUAGUGGGCACCAAGCUUGAACUUAUAAUCAUGGAAAUGGCCCAAGAAAUCCAAGAUCGAACCACAAUUGUUAGAGGAGUCCCCAUUGUAGAGCCGAACAACAAGUAUUUUUGGUUUAAUCGGCCCCAGUGGAUUAUCUUCUUAAUCCACUUCACCUUGUUCGAGAAUGCAUUCCAAAUAGCCUAUUUCUUGUGGACGUGGUAUGAAUUUAAGAUCACAUCUUGCUUCCAUGAAAACUUGCCGCUAAUACUGAUAAGGGUUUUCCUUGGGAUAGUUCUGCAAAUCGUGUGCAGUUACAUUACAUUUCCUCUCUACUCCCUAGUAACACAGAUGGGGUCUCACAUGAAAAAAACAAUUUUUGAAGAGCAAACUGCUAAGGCACUGAAGAAAUGGCAAAAGAUGGCAAAAGACAAGCGAAAGAUAAGAAAAGCAGGGGUAGAUGUUCCUUCAGGGACAAUGAGUGGGGAAACAACACCAAGCCAAGGGACAUCACCCAUACAUUUACUUCAGAAGUACAAGCCUAGCCACACAGACACAGAUAGUGUUCUCUAUUCUCCACGAUCAUACCAAUCUGAUACUGACUUGUCUGAGACAGAGGGGUCUUCACACCAACUCUAUGAAAUAACACAAACACAUCAAGCUCCAAGAAAUGGAGAUGCUCACAAUAUCGAUUUUACCUUUGUGAAGCCUUAA